AUUUUCACCGUGACGUUGAGAAUCCUUUAGGUUGGGGCUGUCGUCGUCGGGACGUCGGGUUUCAGUAGUCCAGCUGCGUUUGUGACUCGCGCUAACGCUCUGUCCGUGUCCGGGCCGAUCACUGAGCGGUGGACAAUCUUCAGCGGCAGGCGCCAGUGGGUGUGAAGUGUGCAGGCGCACGUACGAAGUGUGUGUAUGCCUUCGUGACCAUUAAAGCGGGAGUGUGUGUGUGUGUGUGUGUGUGUCUGUGUGUGGGUGCACGUGUGUAUGUGCAUCCCUUUGGAAGAUAAAUAACAGGGGCAGUGAAAGAAAACGAAGCCACCGCCACAUCUACUGGAGCCACGGGUUAAAGGUAAAGAUAGGCUAAAUAGACAGCGCAGCAUCAUCAGUAGCAUCAUCACGUUCCCGCACACCGUCAGCUAACCAUCCAAGAUUUACGAUGACCAUCGGUAUGGCAGGACGCCGGCAUUCCCGGCGAGGUCGCUACUGGCACAUGGGCAUCGUAUUCCUGGUGUAUACCAGCUUCCACGCGUACUCGGCCUCGAUCGGCGGUGGAAGUGAAGAGAGAGGCGGAGUCGACUUGGGCGAGCUGUCCAACGUUACACCCAAUCCGGCCUUCUACGCUACCUCCGCCUCGUCCUCGGGUGAAACGUCCGGGGAAAGUGACACGGCCGGACCGGAAGACGCUGAGCCGACGGAGGAAACGAAACCGGCACCGGGUCGGGCACAUCACACGCAUCCAACGUGGAGACCGAAGCGCGAAAACUGCACCCCGCCCGCGAUCGAGCAGUUCCCGCAGCCACUGAUGGGGCCGAACGUGCGAAAACACGGCGGUCUGAUCAUACACGUGUUGGUGGCCAUUUUCACCUUCCUUGGGCUGGCCAUUGUCUGCGAUGAUUACUUUGUGUCGAGCUUAGAUCGAAUUUGCGAAGAACUCAAACUCUCUCCCGAUGUGGCCGGUGCAACAUUCAUGGCUGCUGGAAGCUCUGCCCCCGAGCUAGCCACCGUUGUGAUUGGGGUAUUUUUCGCCAAAGACGACAUCGGCAUCAGUGGCGUGAUUGGAUCCGCCGUAUUCAACAUCAUGUUUGUGAUAUCUGUAUGCGCUCUUUGCUCCGGAACAGUGCUCCAGCUGAAUUGGUGGCCAUUGGUACGAGACUGUACUUUCUACACCAUCUCCAUACUGGUGAUGUUGAUAGUCAUUUUCAACGACGUGAUCUCGUGGGUGGAAUCACUUAUCAUGCUGCUCUUCUAUGUUGUGUACUGUGUCGCACUGCACUUUAACACUCCGCUCGAGAAAUGGGCCCACACCUGGAACCUGCCCAUAAAGCUGCCCACAAAGGAGGAACAAUCGGCACUGGUUACCUAUAAGAACCUGCCGGAAACGACCUACACCCAGGGACAACAGCCGGGCCAGGAUGUGCAGCAACAGCAACCACCAGCCGAUCAGCCCCCAGCAGUCGAUCAGGGCUACGCAGCGUAUAUGGAUCCGAACUCAAGCUGGGAUCCAAAUGCCGCCUGGGGAGAACCAACGCCUGCAGUAACUAACACGGCUGCUGCGAACGUAAACGAUGCGUGGAAUACUGGCGCCGGCCAGCAAAACUACGCCUACGAAGAUCAGUACGGCCAGGAGACCCAGAAGCCGCCACAACAGCAACAGCAGGUUGUUGAACAGACGACCGUAGUGGCGGCGCCCGCAGCAGGCGAGGAUUACUACAAACCAAAAGAACCGCGCCCGCAGGAUUCGCACAAUCCGCUCGAGAAACCCGUCGACGGCGGCAUGCUGGCGCAAGUGUCCUGGGCAAUCGUCUACCCAAUCCAUUACACCGCUCGGCUUACCAUGCCGGAUUGCAAAACGGAGAAGUAUAAAAACUGGUAUCCCUUCACCUUCCUCAUCUCGAUGAUUUGGAUCUCGUUCUACUCGUACUUCAUGGUGUGGAUGAUAACGAUCAUCGGUUCGACCCUCGGCAUCCCUGAUACCGUCAUGGGACUAACGUUUGUGGCAGCGGGUGUAUCCGUCCCGGACGCACUUAGUUCCAUUGCGGUGAUCAAGGAGGGAUACGGCGACAUGGCCGUCUCCAACGCCGUUGGGUCGAACGUGUUCGACAUUCUCAUCUGUCUCGGACUGCCGUGGUUCAUCCAGACUGCGAUCAUCAAGCCUGGCUCGCACGUGAACGUCAUCUCGAAGGGGCUCACCUACUCGACGCUUUCGCUGCUCUCGACGGUACUGUUCUUGCUGUUUGCGACACACCUGAAUGGAUGGAAACUGGAUAAGCGCCUCGGUAUCGUGCUGAUGUUCUGGUACCUGCUCUUUAUCACGGUCGCUUCCCUGUAUGAGCUGAACUUCUUUGGUCAGCUCAACCCUCCCGAGUGUCCGAGCAUGUACUAAAGCGAUUACCAGCACUAUCUAUACUAAAAAAAAGUCGCAAAAGGAACCCUUUAUCUUCCGCUCGUGUAUUUCUUCCGCCAAGUUGCAGCAAAAACACACAUCGCAGCGAAAGAACCACGGCAGCGAACUAUCCAUUUUCCAUUAACCCCUUCAUAGUUAGCUAAGCACCAAUCUUCCAUUACUUCGCUUUAGUACGAUCGUUGUUAGUCGUGUAUACAACCAUUUUUGUUACGUUACGCUUCAUCAUGCAAGCAAUUGCAGCUGUAAUCUAUGUCUUCGAUUAAAUCUUAACACAACUGAUCACUCUUGUUUGUAAUUGCUGUAUAACAGCGAUAUGACGAGCAAAAGAUACUACCAUGAGUAUCGUUGUACCAACCCAGAUAGCGUCAUUAAAAAACAACCCUAGAUUUCAAAAUCGGUAUUGCUUUCCUAUUGGUUAACAGUUUGCUGAUGAUAGUUAACUGGCAGUGCAAGAGCAGCAGUGCAUUAGUUUUAUGUAAAUUAACAUCUAGUUCCGUAUUAGCUUAAUUUUAUCAUUUCUCUCAGCACAUCGAUAAUGUAGCGAAUGUUGCACCAACGCGUAGUGAAUAAGUGUUGGCCCUUAGUUUGCUCUUACUUGCGAUCCAUCCUUUACAUAAACCGAAAACAGACACCAGCGGGUUGUUUUGCAUACAAUGAUAUUGGCAAAAAGAUUUUUGUUAUUGCUCAGUUUGAACUCAUUUGAAGGCGAUUCAAGCUGUCAAGGACCAAAGCAUAAAACGACAAGUAUUACAAACACGCGCUGGCUCAAUGUGCAUUUUACUCGAAACUGUAAUUGGCAACUCGGUUGUAGCCUUUACUUUUUACGUAGCCCAUACCCAAAUCCCAUCGAGCAUUGGUUUACCAGUAACGAAAUUGUGCAUACGGUCAAUUCAAGCAACACUCACACACGCUCACCCAUCACCCAUUUGAAUGAUCGGUACUGCACUAACGAAUGUAAAUUCAUCGUUUUGCGCGAAAUGUGCGCGAAAGCCGCACCCCCCUCCUGGACUGUCGUGUUAGGUGUAAAUACACUAAUUCUCCCCAUUCGCCGCUAACAAUGCGAGCAAAUGUAAAGAAACAAGAAAUAAUAAGCAUGAAAGGUGUGUGUAAACUUAGAAGGUCUGUCAAGCUCUGUAUAAACACAGCCACAUAGCAAUAUAAUACCGUGUCGAACCCACUGUUAGCUAUGUCUGUUCUCUAAAGUCGUGUCCUCGUUCCUCGUUUUACACAAACCUAACCUGUGUACCAUCUAUUAACGCAUACUGAUGAUGCUUUCAUUGAGCGACGCCUUCGUCAUCCUAUAGAUUAUGUGAGAUAAACACCCUAU